GCAAAAUUUGAAUCUGUAGGAACUGGAAGCAGACUGCUCGUCGUUUUCAUUUGGAUUGUGAACAUCUACGAGCACAUAGACAUUAACUUAAUUCAUUGCUUUAUAAUCAAUUUGUAAAAGAUACGAGGAAAAUAUUUCAUUUUUGAAACAUGAGGAAGAGUGAGGUGCAUGCAUCAGAAUCGGUGGCAUGCCUGAAUAAGGCUCUGAACCACUUGAAGGAUAUCUGGGAGGAGAUAGGUAUUCCCGAAGACCAACGACUGCAGAGAGUUGAGGCGGUUCAUAUGCACGUCAAGAAUCUGUUGGAUAUGAUGAUUUCAGAGGAGGAAGGACUGCGUAAGAGGGUGCUGGCCAGCAUUGAAACGUGCCAGAAAGACCUGGAUGUGCUGUGCAAGGAGCUCAGGCUGGAAGCGUUCCAGCCAGAGGACGGCUGUACGAUGCUGCAGUUGGAGAAAGACAUGAGGACCCGGCUGAAGGACAUGAUCCAGGAGAAGACCCAGAGAAUCAAAGACCUGACAGAGCUCCGCGAGCAGGACAAGGACCUGUGUGACAUCCUGUGCUCCAGCCUGCACGCCAUCGACAUGGACUCUGUUCCCUCCGCACAAGACCUGGACGCAUAUCGUGCUCACCUCGCCACCCUCAGAGAAGAAAGGAAUCGGCGGCAUGCAGAGUUUGUGGGCAUCAAGAAGCAGAUCAUCUGCUGCAUGGAGGAGCUGGAGCAGGAGCCGGACGGCAGCUUCGAGAGGGACGUGGUGCACGAGGACGAGGACGCCUUCUGCCUCUCCACAGACAACAUCGCCGCCCUGCAGCUUCUGCUCAGCCAGUUGGAGAGCCGCAGGGCGGAGAACGAGGCCCUUUGCACUUCCUACCGCACUCGCAUCCAGGAGCUGUGGGACCGCCUGCAGACCCCCGCCGAGGAGAGGGAGGAGCUUCAGGAGCACAUGACCGCAUCCAGGAAGAGGAACAGAGAAGCUUUAUUGACAGAGGUUCAGCGCCUGGAGGAGCUGAAGAUUCAGAACAUCCAGAACUUCAUCCAGUCCAUCCGAGAGGAGAUCGUCCAGUACUGGAAUAUGUGUUUCUACAGCCACCAGCAGAGACAAGCCUUCGGCCCAUACUUCAGUGAGGAUUUCAGCGAGGAGCUUUUGGGUCAGCAUGAAGCAGAGCUGGAGAACUUGAAGAAACACUUCGAUGGCCACAAGGAGCUGUUCACCGGAGUGGAGCAGUGGGAACAGAACUGGACACUGUACCAGGCACUGGAGAAAAAGGCUACUGAUCCAGGCAGAUUUAAUAACCGAGGUGGAAAUCUUCUGAAGGAGGAGAAACAGCGUGCAGAUCUGCAGAAGAGUCUCCCUAAGUUGGAGAAAAGCCUCAAAGGCCAGAUUGACCAAUGGGAGCAGGAGCAGGGGCGUGACUUCCUGGUGAACGGGCAGAAGUUCAUGGAGUACGUGCAGGAGCAGUGGGAGGUGUAUCGCGAGGAGAGGGAACGGGAGAAGCUGGAGCGGCAAAUGAAGAAGAGCAAACAGACGGAGGAGGAUAUGCUUUACGGAACGAUCGUGAGGACGCCCAGCAAGAGAAGAAUGGCGGCCACACCCACGCCAGGAAAAACACGCAGAAUGAACAACACUACAUCCACCAUGUCCACUCCCAACUCUACACUUCGCUCCGCUAAUGGAGUGCCUCUCUGCCAUUCGCCAGUUCUGAGACCGCCUUUGUCAGCAAACAAGGUGGGUCUCGGGGUGCGCACCCCCGGCCGAGGCCGCACUCCCCUGGGCCUGGAGAGGAACAAGGAGAACAUGUCUCUCAGGAACAUGGCUCCCAGCCCACAGAAGAACUACAGCAUUAACUCCGUAGCAAGCACCUACUCUGAAUUUGCGAGGGAUUGUAUCAACCUUGAGUCUACCAUGAUCAGCGCGAACUCUCCAGUGCCUCCAAGUCAAACCACAAGAAAGGAUCCCUGAACUCCACCAUCACACACAGCUGAAGAGACACCUCUCUCUGACUGCCAUUUUGUAAUCAUCUGCACACCUUUGAAGGACAAUGAAAGCUAUCUGUGAUUCUGCUGAAUGUAUAUCUACUACUUAAAAUGGUGCGUGUAUAUGUGUAUGUAUAUCACUACCAAUCUUCUUUGUUCAGAACUCUAAAUUCAUUGUUUUUCUUUUAUAUGUUUUAGUUAUUUAAUCACUCCAGCCAUUGCUGUUGAGUUUGUCUUUUACCAUUUUUGCACCUGUUUGUCUGUAUGUAUGUGAGUGAGUGUUUUAGGGAGGGAAUUAUGAUGGUGGCCUUUCUGCACAGCCUUGUGUAUAUUAUUUGUAUUUUGUGCUCCACCAGAAUCGUACUGUAUAUUUUAAAAGACCAAAAACAGUGCCCUCUACUGUCGAGGCUAUGAAUGAACAAAGCCAUAUUUUAUAUCCCUUUGAGUGGAUACACCGAGAACGCCUAUAGGAGUCUGCAAUGUUGUUUUGAGAGGGUUACCUUACUUGAACCAUGACAGUUGGGUUGUAAUCUUGGAAAUACAGGGAGAAACAACUUGCAAUAAAUGUUUUAGUUUCAGUCA